AUGGCUAUCCGACGCAUUCCCCAGCUCUGCGUCUCGCGUUUCUUCACGAGUGCCAGUCUCUGCCCCAAGCAGGUGCAACUGCAGCAGAAACAGCAACUACGCUGCUUCAUUGCAGCCAGCUUCCCCUGCCGGGGAUCAUUCAAAUACCGCCACACGCGCACGAUUCCCGAGGACGCCGUUAACCCGUUGACCACGCCGACAAACAUCGACGCAGGCACCUUUCACGUCGUUUCCGUACCCAUUGGAAACCUAAAGGAUUUUUCGAUACGAGCUCUCGAUGUCCUACGACAGGUGGACUACAUCAUUACAACGGACCGACCGGCAACUAAGACGUUGCUUGACCUUGUUCAAAUCGAGUCUCAAGGCCGCCUCAUUCACUACUCUCGCAGCAAUCGCUCCGCCACCAAGGACAAACUUGUCGAGCUGCUGCGUGGCGGGAGAAGCAUGGCGUUGGUGUGCACAAGCGGGACGCCGUGCGUUGGCGACGUUGGCAGCGAGUUGGUUCGCGAAAUGCAGGCGGACGGUGUGCGUGUGGCGGCGGUGCCUGGGGCGUGCGCCUUGACCUGUGCCCUGGUCAUUGCGGGUGUCACGUCCUCCCCGUACGAAAAGGAUGCGACAACGUCUGAGGCAUCGCAAGGCGGCCCGUCGCUUUCUGCCCUUCGCUCACUACGAGACGGGUCAUUUUUCUUUGGCAACAUGCUGCCGGAGUCGCACGGGGCGCGUCUGCGCAUUCUUCGUACGACAGUUGGGCAGGCGACGUGCCCCUGCGUCUUCUACGAGAUCCCACGCCGCCUGCUGCUCGUGCUGCAGGACAUUGCACUGGUGUUGCCGCGGCGACGCGUCGUUGUGGCCCACGAAAUGACGAAGAUGAAUGAGUCGCUCCACGCUGACACAGCGGAUAAGUUGCUGGCUUUCUACUCGCGGCAGGAGGCGCACAUGAUGCUCAAGAAAGGGCAACUGGUGCUUAUCAUUGACGGUCCGGAUGCCGGUGAGACACAGGAACGAUUGCAACGUGAGGCGAUAAAACGACAGCGGUUUCGGCGAGAUCUCUCUGUGCUGGUUGGGGGAGCUGAUAGUGCAGAGAAACGAGAAGAAGUAUCAGGAAGUGGUGCUGAACAAGGCAAAAAGAAGAGUCGCAAAACUUUGCUUCAAAAGAAGCGCCGCAAGCGCCUCAUUGCCCGCAUUGAGAAGGAGCAAGAAAAAAUCCGCAUGCUCAUGAAGAUCAAUCAGACGGAUGGAUCAAGGUUGUGA